AUGGGUAAAAAACAAACAAAACUCGAAACUCAUGAAGAAUUAUCUGGAUCAGCAAAUGCAAAUUUUUUUGAAACUAAUCGAGCACUCACACAACUCCACCUCUCCGGUAAUCAAAUCGGAGAUCAAGGUGUACAAGUUCUUGGUGAAGGUUUACAAAGAAACACAACGCUCAUAGAACUGGGACUCGCAAAUAAUCAAAUUGGAGAGAAAGGUACACAAGCUCUUGGUGAAAUCUUACGAAAGAACAUAACACUGACAAUACUCCACUUCGGACACAAUGAAAUCGGAGAGAAAGGUGCACAAGUUCUUGGUGAAGCCUUAAAAAAGAACACAACACUCAAAGAAUUAAGUCUCGGCUUCAGUCAAAUCGGAGAGAAAGGUGCACAAAUUCUUAGUGAAGUCUUACAAAAAAACACAGCACUCACACAACUCGACCUCCGCGACAAUCAAAUCGGAGAUGAAGGUGCACAAGCUCUUGGUGAAAGUUUACAAAAGAACACAACACUGACGAUACUCCACCUCGGACACAAUGAAAUCGGAGAUAAAGGUGCACAAGCUUUUGGUGAAGGCUUACAAAAGAACACAGCACUCACAAAACUCAACUUCGAGUAUAAUCAAAUCGGAGAUGAAGGUGCACAAGCGCUUGGCGAAGGUUUACAAAAGAAUACAACACUUAAAGAACUCAAUCUCAGCUACAAUCAAAUUGGAUAUGUAGGUGCACCAGCUCUUGGUGGCGCCUUUGACACGAAUUCAACACUCACAGAACUCAAUGUCUACGGCAAUGAAAUCGGAGACGAAUGGAAAGAUUAUUUUGAAAUAAUUGAGGACGAAAAUGCACGCCUGCGCAUAUAUUUAUGA